AUGAGUGUCGAAUUUGAUGCUCUUGUCCAAAAUAAAACUUGGACUUUGGUACCUCCUCCUGCAAAUGCAAAUAUUGUUGGCAACAAAUGGGUGUUUCGAAUUAAAUUUUGUGCUAAUGGCUCUGUUGAAAGAUUUAAAGCUCAGUUAGUGGCUCAAGGUUUUUCGCAGCAGCCCGGAGUAUAUUAUUUUGAGACCUUUGCUCCUGUUGUCAAGCCUAGCACAUUCAUCUCUUCCAUGAGUACGGAAUUCUCAAUGAAGGACUUAGGCCCUCUUAGUUACUUUCUUGGCAUUGAAUUGAAGUCUAAUUCCUCGGGGCUUCUAUUGGUGCAGCAACGUUAUAUCACUUCUAUCCUUCAUCGGUUUAAACUAGAGAAGUGUAAAUCUGUACUUACUUCACUCCACAGCAAGCUUGACUGGAAUUCCACUUCAUCUUCGUUGCUUGAAGAUCCUUCUACCUAUCGUCAAAUGGUUGGAAGUCUACAGUACUUGUCUUUCACUCGGCCAGACAUUCAAUUUGCUGUCAACGUUGCUUCUCAAUUUCUUCAACAGCCGAGGCGGUUACAUCUUCAGGCAGUAAAGCGCAUCUUCAGGUACCUAAGUGGCACAACUGAUUGGGGCUUGCAGUUGUACAAAAAUUCUCCUCUUGCGCUUACUAUUUAUUCUGACUCCGAUUGGGCUGGUUGCUCUGCCACAAGACGAUCAACAUCUGGUUUCUGCAUUUUUCUUGGUUCAAAUCUCAUAUCUUGGUCCGCGAAGAAACAACCUACAGUUGCACGCUCUAGUAUUGAAGCUGAGUACAGAGCUCUUGCUGUUGCUACGGCUGAGGCUAUCUGGCUCCAAUACAUUCUACGUGAUCUUGGUAGUUUUCUUACUUCUCCGGUCUCUGCAAAAUGUGACAACAUUGGAGCCAUCCACCUAGCGCAUAAUCCAGUUUUUCACUCUCGUACCAAGCAUGUUGCAUUGGAUUAUCAUUUUGUUCAGGAAAAGAUCAGUCAUGGUGACUUGGUGGUUUCUCAUGUUCAUACCUCUGAACAACUUGCAGAUUUGUUCACCAAAGUUUUGCCCUCUACCCGUUUUCGUGAGCUAACUGCCAAUCUUCACGUUCAAUCUUCCCGUUUAGAUUGA